AAAAUACCAAAAAGUCCCCUGGGUUGUUGAAAAAUACCAUGACGGUGUCGGCAGCCAUUCCUUCCGCCACCAACGGCGGAGUUCUGGUCAUCGGAGCAACCGGUUUCAUGGGUCAGUUCGUAACUAAGGCAAGUCUUGCCUCUGGACGCCCGACCUUUAUGCUUCUAAGGCCAGGACCCAUCACCCCUUCAAAGGCUGCCGUUGUCAAAUCCUUCCAAGACAAAGGUGCUAAAGUCAUUCAUGGUGUAAUAAAUGAAAGGGAAAUCAUGGUGAAAAUUUUGAAAGACAACGAGAUAGAUGUCGUUAUUUCUCUUGUCGGGGGCGGAAGUGUGCUGGAUCAGCUUAUAUUGGUGGAGGCCAUGAAAUGUGUCAAGACUAUCAAGAGAUUUUUGCCGUCGGAGUUUGGACACGACGUGGACAGGGCAAAUCCAGUAGAGCCAGGUCUAACAAUGUAUAAACAAAAGCGUUUAAUUAGGCGUAUUACAGAGGAAUCUGGGAUUCCAUACACCAACAUCUGCUGCAAUUCCAUUGCUUCUUGGCCUUAUUAUGACAAUUGUCAUCCAUCCCAGGUUAACCCACCGUUGGAUCAGUUUCAGAUCUAUGGCGAUGGCAACGUCAAAGCUUACUUUGUUGAUGGAAAUGAUAUUGGAAAGUUCACAAUAAAGGCCAUUGAUGAUAUCAGAACACUCAACAAAAAUGUUCAUUUUCGACCCUCAGGCAAUUGUUAUAGCAUCAACGACCUUGCUUCUUUAUGGGAAAAGAAAAUUGGUCGUACAAUGCCAAGAGUCACCAUUUCAGAAGAUGAUCUUCUAGCUGCAGCUGCAGAAAAUUGUAUACCUGAAAGUAUUGUAGCAUCGUUCACCCAUGAUAUUUUCAUUAACGGUUGCCAAGUUAACUUCAGCAUAGAUGGACCUAAUGAUGUUGAGAUUAACACUCUGUAUCCUGAUGAAAAACUUCGAUGCUUGGAGGAUUGCUUUGAGGACUUUGUUCCCAUGGCCAAUGAGAAGAUUCAUGGAGGAACAAGUGAAAUUAAUAACGCAAAGUCUUUGGUAGAGGCACUGCCAAUCACAGCUAUGGGCUGAAAAUGAACCACCUUAAAGAUUUUGUGUACUCAUUGUUCACAAAAAUUUGGUGGGGCAGAAAUUCAUGAGACUCAUAUAAAAUAUAUGGAUCUUAUUUUAGAAGGCUUUAAUUCAAGACUAUUUUCUUAUGUAUUUAGGUCAAUAAAGUUACUGCAUUUCACCCAUUAAAAGUUUGUUUUCCACGGCUGCAAUAGUUGCUUUCAUAGCUGUAAUAAAUCCUUAGCACUCUGUCCUGGUGUUACUCUUUAU